AUGGCCAUUAGCUCAAUUGUUCUUGACAUUGAGGGCACGGUAUGUCCAAUAUCCUUUGUGAAAGAUACGCUUUUCCCGUAUUUUCUCGACAAGUUGGAAAGUCUUCCGCAGUCGUCGAACUCAAAUAUCCGAGAACUGCUCGCAAAAUUCGGUAAAGAGGAUGUGGUGGCUCAUAUAAAGGCGUUAGUGGCGCAGGACGUGAAAGAUCCCAUUUUGAAGGAUUUGCAAGGUUACGUAUGGGAAGAAGGCUACAGAACUGGGGAAAUAAAGGCCCCCGUGUAUGCUGACGCGAUCAAAUUCAUCAAAGAAACCAAGAAAACGGUGUAUAUUUAUUCGAGCGGCUCCGUGAAGGCUCAGAAGUUGUUGUUCCAAUACGUCGAUGAUGGUGAAGGCGGCGUGAUAGACUUGUGCCCCGACAUCGCGGGUAACUUCGACAUCAACACGUCAGGUCGGAAAUCAGAAACCACUUCGUACAAGCGAAUCGCGGAAUCCAUUAACGAAAACCCGGGACAUGUGCUUUUUCUGAGCGACAGUAUCUUGGAAUUGAGGGCUGCAGCGGCGGCUGGCUUCCAGUGUAAACUCGUAGUGAGACCUGGGAACCCUGUACAGGAACAAACCGUUCGCUUCGAAGAAGUUUUGAAUUUUGCAGGACUUCAUUGA